GAAGAGUCCAGACUGCAGUGUCAUCAUCACAACCAAACAGCUUCCGAUUUCGAUGGAUGCACCAGGACCUCCCUCCGCGGUCCAGUUUCGGAACGUGGGCCAGUUUUACUUCCCCCAGACCCGCGUGGAGUGCCACCUGAGCCUGGCCCCCGAGCACCGCUGGAGCAACCGCGACUGGAUCGGCAUCUUCAGGGUGGGCUGGACUUCCAUAAAGGAGUAUUACACAUACACGUGGGUCAGUGUCCCGGAGAACUACAGUGAAGGAUCCCCUGUGGACUGCUGCGCCCUCUUCCACGCGUUCUACCUGCCUCGCCCGGGCCCAGCCGAGUAUGAGUUCGUGUACGUGGAUCAGAGCGGACAGGUGCGUGGGCGGAGUCGAACCUUCAACUUCUGUUCCCCCAAACCACUGGAGGAGCUGGAGACUGUGAGAGAGGAGAGGGACGAGGAGGAGAGAGGAGACGAGAAAGACGGAGAGGAGGAAGAGGAGGAGCUGAUGGUGGUGGUGCCCAGAGCCACUCUACUGCAGAGUCGGUUGGAGGAGAGUCUGAAGUCUGUGGACAGCCUGCAGAGGGCACUGGAACAGUCGAGGAAGGAGGUGGAGGAGGAGAGAGAAAAGAGCAGACAGAGUGAGCAAGAGUGGGAGAAAGAGAGAGCCGCUCUGAAGAAAGAGAAGUCUGACCUCAAGCAAACUAUCACCCAGUACACAGACAUGCUGACGAGGAUGGAGGGAAAACAUCAGAAUGUGAAGUACAACCAGGAGAAUCUGAGCAGUGAACUGAGCAAACUUCUGUCUGAGAAAGUAGAGAGUCUGCAGAGGAUUAAAGAACUGGAGGAGGACGAGAAGGAGCUGAGGGAGAGAGAGAAAGAGGCCCACGCAGAACUGGAGAGACUGAAGGAGAGAGUGAAGAAAAUGAGCAGUCAGAUGAAACAUGAGGAGGAGAAGAGGAAGUCCCUGCAGCUGGAGCGCGACUCUCUGUCUGCGGAGCUGCGUACUCUCCAGGACAGACUGGACUCGUCCGAGCUCCAGGCCCAGGGUCUGAGGAGAGACCUGAGAGAGAUGACGUCCCGCCACAGUCUGCUCCACACUGAGCUGCAGCAGUCUCGCCUGCAGGGGGCGCAGCUCAGCCUACAACUGUCCCAGGACCAACUCCAGCUGAGGGAGGAGCGAGCAGCCUGGGCCCUGGAGAGAGAGGGAUACAGACAGACUGCAGAGGCUGAUCAGAAUAAACUUGAGAAUCUGUACGCCGAGCUGCGCCGGAAAGAGGAGUGGCUGCAGGACGAGCGAGCGGAGAGGGAGAGACUGGAGAAGGAGCGAGACCAGAUCAGGGCCCAGCAGAGGGAGCUACAGGAGCAGAAGUCUGUGAAGAGAAACACACAGAAAGAAACAGAGGAGCAACAGAUGUCAGAAGAUAAUCCCUGCACAAAAGCACCUGAUGGAGAUACAUCCUCUGAUGAUGAAGAUCGUCUCUCCUCCUCUUCUUCCUCUCUCUCCCCUGUCUCCACAGAUUUUCAGGCUGAGGAUCAGGAGCUGUACGAAUCUGCCAAAGAGAAUCUAAUGGCUCCUAAACUCACUGACCCCGCCCUGAGUGAACUGUGUGACCCCUAUGUGUGGUAGAGUCCUCCUCAAAUGCAACAAGGCAUCAAGUUGUUACUAGUAUUUUUCUUCAGUUAGAUUUUAGAUCUUUUUAAAUGCUUUUUUUUAUUUUUAUGAUUAUUAUUUAGCAUGUUGUUUGAGUUUUCACACCUGGCCUCUUCUGUUGUAAACUAUUAUUAAGAAUGAAUGAGACAAAAUGGUAAAAAUCCUCCUAUGUGCGUAAAAAAACAUGAUCAUAUCUUAUAACAUCUUAUUUUAAGGUACCAUGAAAAUAUAAUGACUCUGCAUUUGACGUAUUUGAAACAUUAUCACGGAGUUCAAACAAAGACUAGAAAGAAACACAAAGAUAUUUCCAUUCAUUUUUUUCCAUAGACUUUUUAAAAAUGUCAAAUAUAAAGAGUUCAAAGACCUUGCAGAGCCUAACCAGCUUCAUGUUAACUACUAACAGGGUUCCCACGCUCAUGGAAAUCCUGGAAAGGUCCUGGAAUUUUUAUAAAGUCAAUGAAAGUUUUGGAAAAGUCAUGGAAUUUUAGUAUCUCUUUCACGCAACUACUGUAAGUUCUAAUGAAGCUAUUCUGAUGAUUUCUGAACAUCUGGGCCUUUUGUUUAAAAGAGACGACAAUAAAUGCACAGACAGGAUUUUGAAUGUUAAAAACUAGAAUCCCAUUGUCUUAUUAACGUAAAGAAACUACUCUUAAUGUCAUGGAAGGGGCCGUCAGUACCAAGCUCUAAAAUAUGGCGAGGAGGCCUUGUUUUUUUACAUCUGAAGAGAAUACGAUAUUUGUUCAA